CCGCCAUCGCUCUACACCUCUCCAGAGCCGCCGCAAUGGCAUCCCUCAUCACAUUACCCAGAAGGUCAGACGCGUUCACAGACUACAAACCAAGCAGAAAUGCCCACACCAGCAUCCUGACCGGCACGGCGUCGGCCGCCACCGGCGAUAGCAAGGUCAUCCGCCUCAACCUCACGCAGCCUCGGCCACCACUCAAGGACUCGGACGAGGUAGACAAGCUCAACGCGUCGGUCCCCCUCGUGCUCGCCGGCAAGCCCACAGUGCUGUCGUACCACCAGAUUGGGGCAUCGUGCCGUCGCGUCGUCCUCAACCCCCAGGUGGACGUCGCCAAGAUCUACAACCACAUCGUGGACGAGCUGCAAAAGUAUGUCGACCGUAUCGCCCGCGAGUGCCGUGGCACCAUCAUGGGCAGAGAAGGCAACUGGCUCGACCGCCUCGUCGAUAUCUGGGACCUGUAUGAUCGCCGCGUCGGCCUGUUGGCGUCGCUCUUUGUCUACCUCGACCGAGUGUAUGCGCCCGAACGUAGCGACCGCCUCCCUAUUCGCGAGAAGGCCAAGGAGCUCUUCUGCUCUACCAUCUGGAACAACCCGCUCCUAUUUGAGAAGACGCGCGAUGAUAUCCUCGCGUGGGCAACUGCAGAGCGUGAAGCUGAUAGCGAGAACGCCACUGCCCGAUACGCUGUCAUGGCCGUCGUUACUCUCGCCAAGCACCUGGGCGUCUUCGAGACAAUCUCCCAACCCUACAUCGAGCUCACCCGCGCCCAUUACGAAACUGUGGCUGGGACACACGCUGCCAAUGUCGAGUCAGGCUCCUUCACAGGUGCCGAGUACGUCUCGUGGGCCUUGUCCAAGGAGGAGGAAGAAAAGCAGAGAGCCGAUCGGGUUCUGUCCGCGGAAGUCGCCGGAAAGGUCGUUGAGCUUGCUCGACACGAGGCUGGGGAGAAGGUCACACACUCUGUUGUCCGGCAAGCUCUCGACGAGGCAAUGUACAGAGACUCCACCGACGCCCUCAUCAAGCUGUACAAGUUUAGUAUCGAAGCAACAGCGUUCAAGGUCUUCUCCAAAGCUCUACAGGACCACAUUGACACGAGGAUUCGCAAAGUCAUUUCCGAUCCCAAGAAUGAUCCUCAGAUGAUAGAGAGCACUUUGAGGCUCAAGCGAUUCGUGGAUACGGCCGUCGCGGCCCUCUUCUCUGCCCCUCCCAAGCCCAUUCAGGCGACCAACGACGACGACGAGCUCAUGGAUAUCGAUGCACCAUCUGUCGAUGUUCUGGCACACAACAGGCGUCUAGAGCUCGAGGAGUCGGUUCGCGCUGGAUUCAAGUCGGGCUUGGGCAGCCGCCAGAACGCUCCAGCCGAAUGGAUUGCCAAGCACCUCGACGCUGCCAUGCGCAAGGGCCAAGGCUCUGGCACCGAGGCAGAGUUCAACACUCUCCUCGACGAGAUCAUCGCCCUCAUCGGCUUUACCAAGGACAAGGACGUGUUCCGCGCGUUCUACACUACAGGUCUUGCCAAGCGCAUCCUGCUCAACAAGAGUGCAAGUGAUGACCUGGAGCGCAACAUGAUUGUCAAGCUGCAGAAUGAAAUGGGCGACGAGUUCACAUCUGGAGACGUGAUGAUGAAGGAUCUGCAGGUGUCAGAGACCCUGGCCAAGGCGUACCAGUCUGCGCGAGUCAAGAACCCCAAGCAAUACAAGGACUCUCUGGACUUUACUGCCAAUGUGCUUACCGAGUCGGCGUGGCCUUCCUACCCGCUCCUCAAGGACGGCUGGGACUUCAAGCUCACUGCCGAGCUCCAGGCGUCGAUCGACGCCUUCUCAUCAUGGUACGCUACUCAACACUCCAACCGACAGCUGUCCUGGAGACACCAGCUCGGCACUGUCACGCUGAGUGCGAGAUUCGACAGCGGCAAAUUCGAGAUCGGCGUUAGUCUCUUCCAGGCCGUGGUCAUGCUGCAGUUUAAUGAGGCGGACGUGUUCGACUUUAGUGAACUAAAGGCGCGCACUGGAAUUGAAUCAUCUGAACUCGUUCGGACACUCCAGUCGCUCGCGCUCGGCCGUAAGGGCACCCGUGUGCUCCUGAAGAGGCCGGCAGGGAAGGAGGUCGAACCGACGGACAAGUUCGCCAUCAACAAGGCAUUCUCGAGCGAGCGGAUCAAGUUCAAGAUCAACCAGAUCCAGCAGGACAUCUCUGUCGAGGAGUCGCGCAAGACGAACGAGCAGGUCGCGAUCGAUCGUGUCUCGGUGCUCGAGGCGACGAUUGUCCGCAUCAUGAAGGCCAAGAAGAAGAUGACUCUCACGCUGCUCAUCGACAAUGUUGUGGGCGAUGUGUCGAAGCGUUUCCCGCCCGACGUGCGCGAGAUCAAGAAGCGGGUUGAGAGCUUGAUCGAGCGUGAGUUCCUUCAACGCGAGGAAGGCGACCGCAACACGCUGCACUACCUGGCGUAGAGUCACACACGUUGGCGUCAACAAUCGCGCAACUUGGCUCAACCGUGCCUCCUCGAUACGCGUAGAGCUACAGGUGCAUUAUGCAGUGGACCGUGGAUGUGUACAAUACUAAGAUAUACUAACGCAACGCUACGCCAAGUCGGACGCUGACGGCGACGAUGCCAACGGCGACGAGUCCGAGGUGUCGGACGGGACUGGGACUCUUCUCGUCGUGA